UUUAAAUAAAUAUAUUUUUCUUUUAUAUUCCUUCUUUCCCUCUUUUUACACCCCAAACCUAAAGUGGUAAUAUUUUUCAUGCACGGGAGGGGGAAAACUGAGAAUAUGCGUCCUAUUCCAGGCAAAUACACAACGGCCGCUGGAACAGCAUCCGGCUUCUAUUGAAAUAAACGCACAAGCCAAUUUCAUGAAGAAUUCUGAACAAUUCCUCGGAAAUGCUUUCGCCGUUGGUUUCUUGGAUCUUGGCGUCCUCUCCUUCUUCUUCAUCCUUUUCGGAGGAGGAAGAAGAUAACUUUGUGGACGACGGAGAUCAUUACGAGAACGUCGGCGAGAACGAGCAUUUCCUCCGCGAAGCCGAGGAGCUUCCUUCAACAUCAUGCGCUGGUAAUAAUAAAACCAUUCCCGUUUCCCUCGCCACCGCCGGCGCCGACGACUCUUACAUUCCCAACACGGACACCAGCUCUAGAAAACGACGGCGUAUCACCCAUUCUUAUCCUCGGAGACAGUAUCAGAGGCUGUGGACGAAGCAAGACGAGAUCGAGCUCUUGAAAAGAUACCUGGAUUACAUCAAGCAGCACAGAUGGGCCACCACAUCUCUCCAAAACGACGUGACAUUCUUAUACGAUCACAUCAGGCCUAAAUUCAACAAGGAUUUCAACAAGAACCAACUUGUCCAGAAGCUUCGAGCAUUAAAGAGAAAACACAAGACUGUUUCCAACAAAAUCAACUCCGACAGGGAAGUUUCGCACAAGAGCCCCCAGGAGGAGGCAAUUUUUGAGAUCUCCGAAAGGAUCUGGGGCAAUAAUCGAGACAAGGAAUCAAGCCCGGAUCCCGACGCCGACAACAAUAUCGAGGUGAAUAGUGAAGAAGAAGAUGGCGGUGAAUCGGGGCAAUUGAAUGAGGAGAACAAAGAUAUAAAGAGGCUGGUAGAGGAAACGAUGAGGUCGUGUUUGUCACCACUGAACAUUAAUAAUGCAACGGAAGGAUCAGCAUUGAAGUUAGUAGAGCAAUACGGAAGUGGGGAAGAAGGCGAUGAUGAGAGGGGGAGAAAGCAGAGGAUUCUGGAGCUGGAAGCUUAUUUGGAGCAGUUGGAGUUGUUGCAGAAUCAAAUUAAGGCUAGGAUAGAGGAGUUGCGAAGCGACGAUGGAUGAAGAAUUCAAGUUAGAAGAAAAAAAUUGUGUGAAGAGGAAUUGAUGAUCAUACGAAGAAUCAGGUCACGAACAAAUAUUCAAUAUCACGUUAAAAAAAAAAAAAGUCAAACCUUCUAGAAUACUACUACACAUAACCCAAAUCAAAUUAAAUU